CUGGCCACCGUACUCCUUGGGCCAGUGCAUGGUCAGCCAGCCAUUCUGGGCCAUCUUGCGGCGCAUGUCCCUGGUCAGUUCCCAGUUCCACUCUUCGGGCCAGCGGCCACCGCCUUCCCAGUCCGGGGGCAGUUCCUGUUGAACGAAAUCGCGCAGUUCCUGGCGAAAGGAGUCGUCUUCGGGAGUAAAUCUAAAAUCCACAGUACCCUCCCCGAUAAUCAGAGGAUCAUGGCCGAAAAGUCCAGCGAUGACAUCGAGUCAAGUUGGCCGGAAUCUGUCCGGCCCAGGCGGCUACAGGUCAACCACGGGAUAAGAGGUAGCACGGACGAUGCCGGGGAUGGUAUGCACAUUUUCGGUUACCAGCAGGCCCACCCUGGUAAAGUCCUCUACAUUGAUAACCGCAAUAAUAUCGAAGGGUCCGGUCACCACGUCCGCAGAAUCUAUGCCAUCCACGCCGCGAAGGGCAGUGACCACCUCGCGGGUGGUGCCAAUUGCGGUUUCAACCAAUAG